CAAGCCGCGGGCGCCCGGAGGUGCAGCCCCGACCAGGCCGGGGGACCCUGCCUGCUCUACAGACUCGACCCCGCCCGUGCCCGCCAACCCCUUCCUGCUCGUGGAGGGGCGGGCAUUGUUUCGCUUUUGCCUCAGUGAAAACCGGGCGGGCCUUGAGCGUCCCCUUGGCCCCGGAGGGCGCCAAAGAUGACGGAAGCUAGUGUCGCUAGGCUCGGGAAGGCGGGCGCCACUCCCGGUUAAGGGGAAGACGCAAAUGAGAGGCAACUCUCUGUGUGGGUUUCUAUUAAAGAUCUGCGACACGUCCCCGUUCCCGUGUGCGUCCAGAACGGUUUCGGGGAAGAUACCCGAGAGCCAUGUCGGCGGGUUUCUGGAGGGACGUGGUCUGGGGGCAAGGAUGUCCCCCUCUUCCCUGAGCAGCGCCGGACGCAGACCAGCACUGUGUCUCAGUUCAUGAACCCCGGGCUCUCGCGGUCAGGCCGCGCGGGCCAUUCCUCCCAGCCACUCGACGCCCUUUUUGCCGAGGCUGCGCGGGUGGGAUCGCCGGGGCCCGUCCCGCCCCUGGCCCGGGCGGGAUAACGAGACCCCACUUUCCACAGGAGAAAGCCAAGGUCGGGUCCUUUGCGGGAAACUCAGGGAUUGUGAGCGUUCACGCCCCACGGCUCUUGCUGGUAACCACCAGGCUACGCGGCCGGGAGCUGGAGGCCGGGGCACUCUCCCGGGACCGCUCUGUCGGGGGCGGGCCGCCCACUCCCCCAAUGAGGGCUGGGCACGCCCCCGACGCGAAAUGUCCACUCCCCGCCCGGGCUGGCGCGCGGCGGGCGCAUCCGCUCCCUCCGGAUUUGUGGCGGUUCCCUCGGUCUUUGGUCUCUGGCUCUCGCUUAAACCGAGGUCCGACGGCGUGGCCUGAGCGGGGUGCUUAGUACCUCCCGCCCCCCAGUUCUCUGUUAGCUCCACCACGCCACCCGAAGUAACCAAGAGAAGCUAAGGCAACACCGAGGCUUUCUAUGCUAAUGCGGCCUCAAGAACGGAUCCCGGUCCCCUCCCAAUCAAAUUCAGAAGGCGCUUCCAGUGUGCUGUGGGUGACCGAGAGCCCGGCUGUCCCCGCCCCUCGGUCGCCCUCCCUUAGGAUCCUGCCUCCGGAGCCAGAGGAACUGCACUGUGGAGGAGCCCCAUGGACCUGCCUCCCCUCCUGCCCCCACGGCACUCCUAUCACUUCUAGCCACUGGUCUGUGCCUGCUCACUGAGCGCCACCGGAGGGUGCAGAUUCUCUGCUCUUCGCUGUUCCCAAAUUAGUGGAUGAUGGUGGACUCUGGAGCCUGAAUACUGGGCACAAACCAGGCCCCCAUAGAGCACUCACUACGUGACCUUGGGCAAGUCACUCUCCCUCUCUGGGCUCAUCUGUAAACAAAGAAACAGACACCGAGAGCAGCUGCAGUUCUCCAUCAGCUGCAUAUGAGGGUUCCGUCCGGCAAGCGUGGAAAAGGCUCACAUGGCUCGCAGUCACAGAAGCGUCGCUCCCGUCAGUCCGCGCUUCACGCCACCGCACACGCGGCUGCCCGGAGGUGCAGGCCAUGGCAGAGCACCCCCCACAAGCCCCCAGAUUCUGCACAGGGCAGACUUCCCUGUAGGAUGGGCUUGGAGCUGGCCUGGAUGUGCGCUGAACUCCAGAAAAUCUGGGAUCCAGAACUGGAGAGGCUCAGCAGCCAGCCCCAGAAGGUCCCCAGAACCCAGUGUUCGGCACCCCUCCACCUCUGUGCCUCUGCUGGACCUGCACGCCCAGGGAGCCCACAGUCCCCUAUGCCCAAUCCCCUGUGCCCCUGACCUGCCCUUCCCAGAUUAACUCAAACCCCUCCCCGCCACUCACUGCCCUCUGCUCUCCUCCCCAAGGUGGCAGAGAGCCUUGCCAAGAAGCUGGGGUUAGAGCAGCAGCUGGUAGAAAAGUGAGGACCAUGGAGUGAGGGCACCCGGAUCUGAGGGGCUCUGCGGAGAGAAAUCCCCUUCCCUCACAGAGGUGUUCACACUUCCUCCCUUCCCGUAAGAAGCUGGGAUAGACAGGUGAGGGCAUCUGGGGACAUGCUAAGAGAGCCCUCUCAUCCCUGGGGGGGCGCUGGGGGGCGGAGCAGAACAGUGCCAGGCCUGGGACUUGAUGUAUCAUCUCCUGGUCGGCCUUCUCUCUGAGGAGGAGGGCACAGGGGCAGAAGCAGGAGAGGCAUGGCUAGGUGGGCUAUGGAGGCACAGGGAGUUAGGACAUCUGGGUUCCUGGGCCUGGGGUUAUGAAUGAAAGGAGAGUGGCCUUUAGAGCCAAGAAGUCCUGUGCUCGCCUCAGCUCCACCACUGACCAGCUCAGUGGGCAAUAAGCAAGUCUGCCUUCUCGAGGCCUCAGUCUCCGCAUCGGCAAAAUGGGGAUACCACCUUACCUACCUCAGAGAUUGGCGUGAGGAUUACAUGAGAUGGUGCCCCUGGCUCAGUGCCUGCUGCCCUGAGUCUCCCCUGGGGUCCAGUUAGGGGGAGUCAGAACUAAGGUUAUAAAACCAUGGAUGUGUGCCCAAGACCACCUGCACAGAGAGCUUUAGUCACAAUGUCUGUUUAUCCAGUAUUUCGUCCACAAGCCAUUAUUUACAGUUAAUAAACUCAGGAAACCAUAUGCUGUCAUGUGCAGCUGCCGGUGAUGGACAAUGUAGCAAGUUCCACUGCCCAGGACAGUCCUGUCUUACACUUCAAUACCAGGGAGGGCCUCGUCUUUCUCACUCUGCAUGGAGGAGCCUCGUGGGGUGGGGAUUCCUAUCUUUUGCCUCAGCUGCUCUCCGGGGACCCCUAGAGAAUGGGGUCCUACCUGUACCUGGGACCUGGGAGAUGCCAAGAGUUCUGACCCUGAGGCUGAGAACCGGGUCCCCAGAGGGCAGGAGCUGGAGCUCUGAGCAUCAGCACUCCAGCACAGGGAGGGCAGGGACCUCCAGCCACCUCUCAGAGCCUGAAGGUAAGAGCUGGGGACUCUCCAGAGGGGCAGGCGGAGUGAGCCCUGCUUCCCUAGGGGACCCAGGCCCAGUUACUCUCUCCACCUUCAUCUCCCCAUCUGCAAGCUGGGGGCGGAGAAGGCCCAAAGGGUCCUUCCAGUUGGGCCUUUGCUGGUUCUGGAAGGACUUCUCAGUUCACCUCCCCUCCCUGGGAAGAGCUGGAGUUUACUCCUCACUGGUACCCGGCCUGCCUCUCUGCCCUCUGUGGGGUCAGAUGCUGCUUCUUCUGUCCCCAGAUGUCAGACAAAGCCCAAGAGCCACUGAAGAGAGGUCUGAGAAAAGCUGGCAACCAGGGCAGUGCCCUGACUGGGGGAGAAAGGUGGUGUGGAGACUGAGGCUCACAGCUCACUCUGCCACACAAGACACUGAGGUCAGCCCUUUGCCCCCAAUGAGGGGACAGUGGACUGACAGGCUUCAGGGACCAGGGGUGGGCAAGGACUCCCUGGGGAGAGGGCAGGCCUGUAAGACUAUGCCUUUAUCCCCUCAUGCUGGGGUUUCUGUCAGGUCUGAGCGGUGGGACCUGUCACAGGUGGCUGCAGUCAGAGGUCUCCCUGUCCCCAGCCUGCAACAGGGCCUGAAAUGCCCAUGUUGACACAAGGCCCCUGACUGCCAGUGCAUGAGGCCCCUUGCCCUUUCUCAGGGGGAUCCUGUGGCUAGGAGCUGGGCAGAGAGUGGCUAGUGGGGUGCUGGUGUCCUUGUGGGGCUUUGU